CCGAGAGAGAAGCCCGGCUGCAGGGACGGGGCUCCGGGCGGCUACAGGGAGCCUGAGGGCGGCCGCCCACUCUCCCGCCCUCGCCUCGGCGGGCCGGCAGGUGCGGCUGGAGGAGGCGCGGCCUCAGCGUCCCCCUCAGGUGUGGCGCCGCCUCCCCCUCAGGUGCGGGCGGCCCCGGGCGGCGCCGCUCCCCCGCCAUGGCGGCCCCCGGCGGGCUGGGCCGCUGCGUGGCCGCCUUCUGGCUGGCGCUGGCCUUCGACGCGCUGGGCCUGGCGGUGCUGCUGGCCGGGGUGUUCGCCGACGUGUUCUUCGCUGACCUGCUCAUCUACGCGGGCGGCAUCGGCAUCUUCCUCAGCCUCAUCUGGUGGGUGUUCUGGUACGCGGGCAACCUGGAGGUGCCUCUGGAGGAGCUGCGCGACGACGUGGGGCUGGCGCCGCCCAAGGGCCGAGGGGACAGCGUGCUGCGGGGGCUGGUGCACGGCCUCAGCCGCCGCCUCUCCUCGGCCUUCGGCUCCGCGCCGCGGACCCGAGCCGCCGCCGCCGCCGCCGACCUGGAGCUGAGGGGUCCGCGGGGCCGCCCCGCGGAGCCCAGCAGGGUCUGCUGAAGACACGACUGUUAAAGUUACUGCCUUUAAAAGUGGGGAAAGUGCCACAAAUUAUGGAAAGAGAAUUCCCUACUCAAUGCAAUAGAUUCUCUCAUUCUGGAAUAAUUUCUGCAACCACUGUGGACUCUGUAUAAAGUGGACACACAGAGCUAUAUCUCUGCCAAAUUCACCUCUUUCAGUGUUGGACUGGAUCACUUCUUUUUAACCAUUUCAGAAUUUAAAAAUGAUCUUCUAAGAAGUAAGAACUAAAAGGGAAACAAACCAAAUUCACAGAAAAAUAACUGCAGUGAGUAAUGUAGUUGUAUCUUUUGUAAUAACCUGGGAAUGUUUGGAUAAAAAGCUCUUGCACAAUGAAAAGCUCUUGCACUGUUUUACCAAGGUCUAGAAGUUGAACUUACUGUGAAUUUUUAUUAUGCCAGUGCAAUACUUUUAUUUGUAAGGGUGCUUUUAAAAUAUCUAUGUAAAACUGUUGAUGCAAAGGUAUAAAUGUAGUAGAAGUUGUUUAUAGUGUACAUAGACAAUUUACAGUGUUUCUUAUGAAUUUUCAUAAUUAUUUUGGAAUAAUUUGGAAUUUGAAAUUUUAUAAGUAGAAGAAUAAGAAUAGUGAUGUUGGUAUACCAAUCUGUUUUUCAUAGUUGUGUAUCAUGUAAUAUGAUGACUUUUAGAGGACCUUUUUUAAUACAGUGAUGAUACAAGAUUUAUUUUUCUAAUGCUGAAGCACUAAAAAAAAAAAAACCUAGUCAAAAAAAAAAAAGACUAAUAAGCACAAUGAUAUUUUACAGAUUCUUACCAAAUUUACAUCUAGAUGUAAUUGAAAUUAGGGUUGGGUUGUCUGUGGAAAAAUGUAUAUUAAAGUUAAUGAUAUGUAAAUUUUUUAUAUGUGAGGAAUUCCUGAGUCCCUCUGUUUCUGCACUAAUAAAAAGAGUCUGAGCCCACAGUUAGCAGGUACA